AUGGCUCCCAAGGGCAAGGACGCGAAGGCUGCGGCCGCGAAGGCCGCGGCGGCCGUGAAGAAGAACUCGUGGGCCAAGACCCGGAAGCCGCGGUACAGCGUGGUGUUCCACCGGCCGAAGACGCUGAAGCGCGUGCGCGACCCCAAGUACACUCGCAAGAGCGCCGCGGGCCUGCAGAAGCUGGACCACUACGCGGUCCUCAAGUCGCCGCUCACCACUGAGUCGGCCAUGAAGAAGAUCGAGGACAACAACACCCUGGUCUUCCUGGUGGACGUGCGCGCGGGCAAGCGCGAGAUCAAGGCGGCGGUGCAGCGGAUGUACGACAUCCAGACCAAGAAGAUCAACACCCUCAUCAGGCCCGACGGCCAGAAGAAGGCGUACGUGCGGCUGACCCCCGACUACGACGCCCUCGACGUGGCCAACAAGAUCGGCAUCAUUUAG